UUUAAAAUGCAGCAUAAUUCUUUAUACCGGAUAGCACUUCGCUUAUGUAUAUUUUCGUUGGGUUACCCGCUACCUGUCUUAUGAAAACAACCAAUGAAUAUGUUACAGGACUUGGGCUAAGUGUAUACAGCAACAUGUAGCACAAGUGUUCCGGUAAAUAAGCUCGUAAAUUCUCUGCGAUGAAAUAAAUGUCGCAACAUAAGAACCUGAACAGCUGGGCCCAAAAUGUGUUUCACUCUGUUCGGACACAAUAGAUAAUAGAGCAGAUUUUUUUAGUUGUCCUCGGUAAAGCAGCGCGGGCUCUCCUUCCAUGUGCUUGAAAAGUGUUAAUAAUCUGUUGUGUAAUCGAAAAUUCUAAAUAAAAAGUGAGUUUUCGAAUAGCAUUUAAAAAAAAGUAGAGAAAUGUUCCUUAAAGAUAACAAUCGAUGGUCAGAGAAAACUGAAACCGCUAUGGAAAUUAAUCAAGUUGGCAGUCGUCUGUCGUCACUGAAUUGUAUUAGGAUUUUGCUGUUAUUUUUAGUCAUCAACGCACUUUUCGGGAUUGCGCUCUUUGGAAACCACGACACAAGUGUGAAUGUACGGCAGUUUUACUCGUCCUUUGACAAAUCGGUUUCCGAUUUUUUAUCGAGAGUAACAUAUCGUGGAAACAAAACUAUUUUGAUAUGGAACAGUGCACAUCGGAUCGAAACGGCCGCAUUUGGACUUGGUUACCAGCCCUUCAUUCAACAUGGAUGCGAAGUUUCUGACUGCGUCGUUUUCGACAAUGCAACGACACCAGAAUUAUUGCCGCUUGAAGAUUACGAUGCAAUCAUUAUUCACAUGCAUGAGCUCUGGUUAACACAACUACCAGAAUUUAAGAGACAAGCGCAUCAGCGCUUAAUUUUUUUAACACAGGAAUCGCCUACCACCAUGCCAAUCGACAUAACUAUAUUGGGUAAUUACUUCAACUGGACGAUGAGUUACAGACUUAAUUCGGACAUUAGAUUACUCUACGGUAGAGUUUCACCGCGUCCGACAGCACCCACAACUGCAGACGAAACACGAAGAAUGAUUGAGGAAACGCAUCUUUCAUCAACCAAAAACUACGCUGCCAACAAGACCCAGCCAGUCGGUUGGAUGGUGUCUCAUUGUGAUACAAACAGUUUGCGAGAGACUUACGUUCGUCAGCUUAGUAAAUUCAUCCCUGUCGAUGUUUACGGCGGAUGCGGCAAUUUGAGUUGUUCCAGGAAUCAUGACCAUUGGUUGUCUUAUCCGGAAUGUUACAUCAUGCUGGAGGAGAAAUACAAAUUUUAUUUGUCGUUCGAAAAUUCAAUCUGCACCGAUUACGCCACGGAAAAAUUCUUUGAGAUUCUCAUGCACAAUAUCGUGCCGGUCGUCUACGGAGGGGCCAACUACAGCCAGAUCGCACCACCCCAUUCUUACAUUGACGCACUGGAUUUUACUCCGGAGAAACUGGCCGAGUACCUGAAACUUGUUGAUUCCAACGACACGCUGUACAAUGAGUAUUUCUGGUGGAAGGAUCACUAUGAGGUAGAGGCUGGAGUGGAUCAAAUGGCUAGCCACGGUUUCUGCGACUUGUGCAAGAAACUUCACCAAGAUCAAGGCGUUACCAAAUACUACUACGAGUUAGUAUCAGAGUGGGAUCCGGAAACUAAGUGUAAGCAGAUGAGUUCUUGGGAAAAAAAUUCAUGAGAUAUCCAAUACAAAUCUAAAUACGUCAAUACUGUGUUUUAGCGUUCCUGUCUUAUUCUCACGAGUCAUUUUGAUACAAUUAAUUGGGUAUUGAAAAUUCGUUGGAUGGUACCCUUAAUUUUAAAAACAAUGAAGAAAUAGUGUUUAGAAAAUAGUUGAGACCCUACGGGAAUAUGACACUUAAUUUGUGAACAGUCUAUCAAUGCAAAAUUAAUGUCAACCAGCGCUAUCGAAACAAGCACCAUAGCGGUGAUCCUCUAAAGGAAAAGAAAGACUUGAGAAAUACCGUUACAUAUAAAUAGUUCUGGGCUUAAUCCUAGCGAAGGUCUGGCGGAUAAUUUUUUUGAAAGUUUAUCGUGCACAAAAAUACAUAAAACACACAAGUGCAAACAGCCAAUCACAAUAAAGCACAUACAUAUGGGCAACGAAUGCGCUUCUACUGAAGGGAGCCCCCCAUAUUCGAACACAAACUGAAAUGGAUAUGAAAAUAUAAAAUCCAUAUAAAAAAAGAGUGUCUGGAAAGAAAAUCUAUAGGAACAUUAUAAUGCAAGGUUAUUGAAUAGAAUUCACAUUCAAACCACGAACACCAUUUAAUGUUUUCUUUCGACUACAGUGCGACUAUUGCCAUUUUAGGCAAUUUGACUUUCACUUUGACCAAAAUUUAGUUUCUGUCUGAGUUGACGAGAAUUUGUUUGACAACAUUGUGUAAGCGCGCAGGUAUUGCGAAUAUGUAGCAAAAGCCGCCUGACAUGCGCGGAAUGACGCGUCACAAAACGUCAGUCGGAGAAAUUCCUGACGCCCUUUGAGAUUGGAUCGAACUAAGUGAUCCGCACCUCAGAAAAAA